AUGGCUGGGAAGAACGUCCUGAUUACAGGAGGUGGACGUGGGAUCGGAAAAGCCAUCGCCUUUGCCUUCGCUCUUGCCGGCGUAUCAACGAUUGUGCUGGUUGGACGGACAGAGUCCUCUCUUCUAGCAACCAGAAAGGAGCUAUUGGAGAGUGCUCGACACAGAAAAGCGUACCCCAUAAUGACGGACUUACAAGUCAUCACGCACGUGCUUGACGUGUCCAACAAUCAACUAGUCAAAACCGUGUUCAAGACGAUCCAGCGAGAGGUCGGCGGGACUGUCGACGUCCUCGUCAGCAACGCGGGUUACUUGCCCGACUUUGGACUGAUUGCCGACACUGACUUCCGGGAAUGGUGGUCCGGGUUCGAGAUUAACUUAGCUGGAUACUUCAACGUGGUUCAAGCAUACUUGAAAUCUCCCUUGAGCUUGACCGGCCACAUCAUCAGCAUAAACUCGGCUGCCGGGCAUCUCAGGUACGACGGCAUGUCGUCGUACUCUGGAGCUAAGAAUGCCGCCCUGUGGCUCACGGACUCGGUGUGCGAGGAGUAUCCCAACGUCUUUGCCGUCAGCAUGCACCCUGGAGUCUGUGAGACGGAGAUGAAUGCGAAGAAUGCAGGAGUACCAGAAGAAGAUAUCAAUCUACCUGCCCAUUUGGCGGUAUGGCUUACUUCACCCGAGGGAAACUUCCUCCGAGGACGGAUGAUCUGGUCAUCGUGGGAUGUCGAGGAGAUGAUGGACCGGAAACAGGAGAUUCUGGACGGCGAUCUGCUGCGGAUGACUCUCAGGGGGUAUCCAAUCUCUCGGGGGCUCGGAUAUUCGACGGACACAUGA